GUCCCACUUUACAUGUUCCGCCGCCUCUUGACUAGAGCCUCGAGUACUACCCUUCCUACUUGCUCUCUUAGACCACUUUCCCCGACAAAUCCUCUAAUCCGUGCUUACGUGAAGAAAACCAACAUGAGCAAGCUUGCCAAACAGAACCAGAAGGGCUCAGACGGAGGCCGCAGAGGCGGCGGUGGAGGAGGGGGAGGAACGAAACUCAGAGGUCUGCGUGAGGAUUCAUCUGAAGUUCGUCUUUCAAAAACAGUUACCUGGAUCCUUCGACAUGGUGCCAAGUCCGAAGGAAUAUUUAUGAGACCAGACGGUGCUGUUCGCGUCUCUGACCUUUUAGACAACCAGAGGUUGAAGUCUCAGCUUGAUUUGGAGGGACUGGAGAAGCUCGUGAAAGAGGAUAAGAAGAUGCGAUUCACAUUGUUGCACGAGCCGGACACAGUUGGCUCUGACGGAGGCGACAUCGUGUGGAUACGGGCCAACCAAGGGCAUUCUAUCACGGCUGUAAAGCUCGAUAUGAAGCCUGUCACAGACGCCUCUGAGAUACCCAUGGCAGUGCAUGGAACGAACAAAGAGGCAUGGAAACAGAUCUCUGAACAAGGGCUUUCGAGGAUGACCCGAAAUCACAUACAUCUCGCUCAAGGCGUCCCAAACUCGGGCGUGAUCAGCGGUAUGCGUAAUAAUGCCACCGUCUUGAUCCAUAUCGACGUCCAGAAAGCGAUGGACUCCGGUUUGAAAUUCUUCGUCUCCGACAACGGCGUCGUAUUGACAGAAGGCGACUCGAACGGAUUUCUUUCGCCUCAAUUUUUCAGUAAGGUCGAGGAUAAGCAAGGUCGACCCGUACUUGGAUGGCAACCACCACAACAAUCGACCGAACCGGCAUCGCAAACCGCUGAAGUGCCAAAGGAUGAACAUUCAUGAAUGGGCGACGGAGUGCGGUAAUCCAUGUGUAUCUUAUUGGUGAAAAAUUGUAGAUGUGUGUAUUUGUCCUUACAUUCAUGGAAUCAGUGGUCAUUUUUGUGCGGGGCGAUGCGUAGAAGGUGAAGAGGAGGGGGUUCUAAUUGCACGCUUUCGCAAACAUUCCAUCGUCGGCGACCUUUCCAAUUAUCAGUUCGUAGUCGUCUGAAUGUUCAAGCGUUUGUC